GUCACUUGUCACGCCGACUCGCACGUUUGAUUCGGCGUUCGCGUUUGUUUUGUUUCAUUUACACGUGUUGGUUAAGUUUUCUUAAAAUAAUUAAAUAAAAACUAAACUAUAUUUUGAUAUAAUGGGCAAAGUAAAACAGGAAGCAAUGGAGCAAGAUGAGCAAGGCGAUGUUAGCAUCAAGAAUGAACCACAAAGUUACGACGACAAAGUUGAGCAUUGCAGUAUUAUAGCGAAACCGAUGGCGCCGAAGAAAUUAAGCAAAAAAAUAUAUAAACUCAUCAAGAAGUCCAGUGGUCAUAAAAAUUAUAUACGGAACGGAUUAAAAAUUGUUCAAAAACAACUGAGAUUAGGCGAAAAGGGGAUUGUCUUCUUCGCUGGCGACAUUUCACCGAUAGAAAUCAUGUGCCACCUGCCAGCAGUAUGUGAAGAGAAAGAUGUCCCAUACUGUUACACUCCCAGUCGAAAAGACAUAGGAGCUGCCAUGGGCACCAUGAGAGGGUGUAUAAUGGUGCUUAUAAAGGAACAUGAGGACUAUAAGGAGUUGUAUGAUGAAGUUAGAGAUGAAAUUAAGCACCUCGGACAUCCUUUAUAAUGUUACUUUAGUUCAGUAAAACUGUGUAAUGUAUAUUAAAAUAGUUAUCUAAGUCUACAUUUUUGUGGUAUAAUAAUUAUAAACAAAGUAAUUGGAACCUGCACAUAAGAGUACAGUUGUGUGCAAAGUUGAGUAAACUGAUACUAUUCUUUAAUCUUUUCUGUCUAUGAUUGUAGUUGUAGCUACCUACAUACGAGCAUAUAUGCCAAGCAUGCGACCACACACUGCGCCAAGCUGCAGCAAACUGAGGCCGCGUGUAAUGUACAUAUCACCUUUGCUGGCUAGAUAGUACUUACCUAUACAUAUGUGCAUACCGAUUCAUGCAUACGACUGCUCGCUGCGAAGAGAGUGAAUUGACUGAGGCUAGCAGCGAAGGCGCAGUGCGCGGUCGCAUGCUUGGCAUAAAAAGCUUUCACUUGACUUACGGAUCAAUCAGAUACAGAAGGCAGUAAUCCUUGAGGUUUAUUGUGAGGAGGUUCCUCAAAUGACCCUGAAGACAGGGAUGAUUUUUAAAAAGGUUUUUUUAUUUUGUAUCUUAGAAGCAAUGCAAUUAAAUAUAAGAGAGUAAAAAAACUUAACUUAAGCUCAUUGCAAAAUGUAACAUGAUUUAUCUCAGGUUUGGUCUUGUUUAAAUGGUGAAAUAACAAAAGCAGUUCCCCAUUACACAUAGAUUUAUUACACUUAUUAAAAUCUAAGGGUACGUAAAAAAUGGCAGAUUGUCUAACCAGACAGUGAUGAUUGGCAAAAUACAUUAGGUACUUUAAUUACGCACUAGAAUACUAGAUCUAAAGGUGGUUUCACACUUACAGAGCAUUGUGGAGCCUCUGGACUAAGCAAUGCAUUCAUAACAUUGGAAAAUCUAAGCAUAAAUUUGCUUAAAAUUGUAGUAUUUGAUUUUGUUACUUAAUGUUUUAUUUAACUUCCACCAAGCUGUCUCAUCUAAGCGUGCCGGAAAGAGUCAAGUGUAUUUAAAGCCACUAUUUUUUUUUGUUAUUUUGUAUCAAGGUUAUAUACAGAAGUAUUCACAUUUAUCUUUGAGAGAUAGACUUUAUUUAGAUUUACAAUAUAAAAACCAGUUAUUAAAAAAAAUGUGAUUUGUUUUAAUACCAUUAAAUAACUCUAACAAACAUGACUCCAAGCAAUGUCGUGACAUAAUUUUAUGAUAAAAAAAUAUUUAUGCAUAACUAACUAUGAACAUUGUUUUGGCUGUAAAUGUGAAACUAUCUUAAAAUACAACAGAUUUCAGCAGAUAUUUCAUACACAUCUAGACUAUGUUAUCUAAUCAGAUCAAUGGAACCUACAUACACUUAUGAUUAAAAAAAAAAGAGGUAGAUAAAAAGGUUACAUUAACCACAUUUGAUGUUUACCACUGGCACACGAAAAUAGCAUAAGCGACAUUGUCAACGGCGCGAUGACAGUGUGGCGACUGAGCUGAGGUUUGCUAAUUAGCAUAGUUUUAAAGUGCCACUUGCAGUCCGCAUAUAACCUAUCUACCUCUUUUUUUCAUCAUUGGUGUGACAGCACAAUUUACAGUUAUAAAUAUUUAAAAACCUAAGAAAUAUCUGUCUGAAAUCUGUCCAAUGAAUUCUAUUUACUAGUAAUUGAAGCAAUAUUUUUUGUCCCCCAAACGAAACUUAUAAACAAAUACAAACUAACAAAAUAUGAGCACUAAAAUUUUAUUUUUGUGUCAUUUACGUUGAAAGUGCCAUAGGGCAAUUAUGAAAAUUCCAUUGCAAAUGUGUAAUAAUUUUUCUGUCAUCUGGAUUUUUUUUCAGUGAAAUAAGCAGGAAACUAUUGUGCUGCCUAGGUAGAGGUAGUCAAAUGUGCAAAAAUACUUUUUUAAUUUCUCCAUUUUUGUAAUUACUUUAAAGCACCUUAGUAUAUAAUUUUUAAAAUGACUAACAUAUUAGGGACAUUAUGUUUAUAUAACCUAACAGUUGUAAUAGUUACAGUAUUCCAAGAUUAUAAUAGAGAUAGUUUCGUCUAAGAGGUCCUAAAUAAUAUCGUAUAAAUAAUAACCCUGCAUUUCAGUGCACUGUCAAUGAGAUAACAGUACUGUCUUUAUUCAAUAAAGUGUAAGAAAAUA